GCCCGGAAGAGACCAAAAGCCUGAAAACUUUUACACAACUAGGCCAUUGCUGGUUCCAGAAAUUCAAUUAACAAAAGGCUUGGGCUACCCCAAGUCUGAAUAUGGGGCAUAGAAUUUGGGCUGUAGCCCAUUCAGGAGUUCGCGAUCAAUCAUAACUGAUUUAGCAGGCCCAAUGUAACGCCGGAACUAAACCUGGCCCUAGAUUCAUUAUAUUUAAGCUAACUUUAACGCCAAAACCCUAGAAGGUCUUCUUCUUUCGAGUCUCCGGCGUUCAGAGCUUGCGCUGUCUGCUGCUUCGGCCCUCUUCUCUGCUUCUGGUAAUUCAGUCUCAUCCUUUAAUCUUUCUGUUUGUUCGUUCCUGUGAAUCUAUAGGAAUCCCUCUGCUUUGGUAUUGUAUCUAUCGUUUUCGUCAGAAAGCAGUAGUCGCACUGUUUUUCCUUUCAAAUUCUUUUCCGACAUUCAUAUUUUGGGAUCUAGUUCUUAUCUCCCGAACGAGCUGUAUUCACUGGGAAGAUGAUUGUUAGUUGAGAUAUCUGAAUCAAGGUCUUGGCUUCAUUGUUCCAUUGGAGCUGAUUAUUGCAUAGUGUUCGACUAGGAAAUUUCAUGUUUGUGCGUUGAGCUUCCAUUUCUGUGGUCAUUGAUUGGCUUUUUGUUUGCGAUUCGAUAAUGGGGUUGGUUUCAUUUUCCCACCAUUUGCUGUUACUCACCCUUUUGCGGAUAUGUUAGAUCCGUCAAGAUGUAUACGUCUAGGCAGAAGAUUCACAAGGAUAAGGAUGUCGAACCUACUGAGUUCGAGGAGACUGUUGCUCAGGCAUUGUUUGAUCUGGAGAACACCAACUCUGAUCUGAAGAGUGAACUUAAGGAUCUCUACAUUAACUCUGCAGUUCAGAUGGAUGUCUCGAACAACCGCAAGGCCGUUGUUAUCCAUGUCCCUUACAGGCUGAGGAAAGGUUUCAGAAAGAUUCAUGUCAAGCUUGUUAGAGAACUUGAGAAGAAGCUCAGUGGGAAGGAUGUGGUUGUCAUUGCUACUCGAAGGAUUGUGAGGCCACCAAAGAAGGGCUCAGCUGCAAAUAGGCCACGCAGCAGAACACUAACCUCUGUCCACGAGGCAAUGCUGGAAGAUGUCGUGGCACCUGCUGAGAUUGUUGGGAAGAGGACUAGGUACCGUCUUGAUGGAUCCAAGAUAAUGAAGGUGUUCUUGGACACAAAGGAACAGACCACAACCGACUACAAGUUGGAUACCUUUUCUUCCGUUUACAGGAAGCUUACCGGCAAGGAUGUUGUGUUCGAGUUCAGGGCAGCUGAGGCAUAGAGAGCAAUGCUGAUUCUGGAGAUGGUGUAGUAAUCCAAUGUUUGUUUUUUGGCUUAGAAUCUGCACUUUGAAACUGUUUCAAGUUUUGAGUUUUGACAUCGGCUAGUUGGAUUAGAAAUCUUCAAAGGGGCAAUACUUCUGGUUCUGAUUUAAUGCCCUUGUUUUAAUGUCUAGUUUUGUGUCAUGGCAUGAGAUAUUCAAACGGUACAAUGUCUUAUCAUCGUGAGAAUAUACACUGUUGCAGCUGCCGCCACCCGCCAGUAAUCUAUUACCUUCAUCUAUUAUUGAUCCUCUGCUGUAUUACUUUCCAUUGCACUUUCAUGAGCGAUACCUCGUCAUGGAGCUCUCGCCCAGCACAAGCACAGGGUAGGAAUAUGAUGAACACAUUUUAUAGUUAUUAGGAAUUAUUAUUAAUUGUCGGUUUAUUGAUUGGAUUAUUAUGUUGGUUUUAAUUGUUGGGGAGGGAGUAUUACGAUUAGGUUAUUAUUUUGGGGAGUAAAGGGGAUAAUUGUCGAUUAAUAUUAAGUAUCGGUGUAAGACAAGAUUGUAGUUAAGCUUAAUAAGAAUUAAGAAUAUUG